AUGUCGGGGAAAAUGACAUUGUACAAGCUGGUGGUGUUGGGUGAUGGAGGUGUAGGGAAAACAGCUUUAACCAUUCAGCUAUGUCUGAAUCACUUUGUCGAAACCUAUGACCCUACUAUCGAAGAUUCCUAUCGCAAACAAGUCGUCAUUGACCAACAGUCGUGCAUGCUCGAGGUGCUGGACACGGCGGGCCAGGAGGAGUACACGGCACUGCGGGACCAGUGGAUCCGGGACGGUGAAGGCUUCGUGUUGGUGUACAGCAUCACUUCGCGCGCCUCCUUUUCACGAAUCACCAAAUUUUACAAUCAGAUCAAGAUGGUCAAGGAAUCUUCAAGCUCCGGGUCUCCCUCCGGUCCUAGCUAUCUAAGCUCACCGAUGCAAGCAUCCGGAGGUCCAUCGCGGCCCGUGCCCGUCAUGUUAGUCGGUAACAAGAGCGAUAAGGCCGUGGAACGAGCAGUCUCAGCACAAGAAGGUCAAGCUCUAGCUAAAGAACUGGGCUGUGAAUUUGUCGAGGCCUCCGCUAAGAACUGUAUCAAUGUUGAAAAGGCUUUCUAUGAUGUUGUUCGCAUGCUGCGUCAACAGCGACAACAGCAACCGGGAAGCCGGAGUCAAGACCGUCGCUUGACAGGUCGCGACCGCGAUGCCGGUCCCGAAUACCCUAAAUCUUUCCGCCCAGAUCGGUCUCGACAUCGCAGCCGACUUCAGUGCAAUAUCCUGUGA